CCUGGCUGCCACAGGCCAGGCGCUAUGCUGUCAGUAGCAGCUAGCUUAGCUUGUUAGCCACCAUUCGUCGAUAGGCACAGCCAGGUCGAUUCCGCCUCGACUCAGUCAAAACCAUUUCUGUUGGCACGCCUCCUGUUUGAAUGCACUUAGGACGGCGAGAAAAUCACACCACAGUCUAAUACAGCUAGGGCUGCUGUUAGCCAAGCAAGUUAACCUAGCUAACUAUUUAGCUUGCUUAGCCUCCAGCUACGGCAACAGCUCAUCAUUACGGAGCGGUCCAGCGAGACAGACACCAGGCUGAGCUGCGAAGGGCAAAGCGCGCCGCUUUACGGAGCUACACAGCUAACUAUCCAGCUAGUGGCCGUCUUGUGUAACCAAAGCCGCCGCCGCCAAUAUUCUGCAGCGUUACAGCUAGCAGCUAGAGCGAUAUAAACAAGUAGAAGUUACGGAUUCGCAGCUGCACAAUGGCAAGACCUUCGAGGAACAAGAGAGUGGUUGACUAUGCACAGUUUCAAGAGUCUGAUGAGGCUGAUGAGGAAUAUGAAGGAGAUUCCAACAAACCCAAGAAAGCAGUGAAGCACAGUGAUGAGUCCCGAGUCACAGAUCACAAGAAGGAUUUGAGUGAUGAUGACCAUGACUACGGUGAGGAGGAGGAGGAUGAUGAUGGUGGGGACAGUGACUAUGAGGCUAAAAAGACUACUAAGGGACGGCAGACGACUGCUAAAAGGAAAAGAGCUGAAGCUACCAGUGAUGAGGAGAAAGUUGUGAAAAAGAAGGGCAGGCAGGUCCGUCAAGCUGCCAGUAAAGCAGUUUCCAAACAGAGGGAGAUUCUUCUUGGAGAUGGAGGCAGUGAGGAAGAGGAGGGGGAGAAAGGAGAACGGGAAGAGGACAGUGAUGCUUAUACAGGAGAUUCAGGCAGCGAUGAAGACUUCAUGGUUGAAGAUGAUGACGAUGACAGUGAUUAUGGUCGACCCAAAAGGAGGAAUUCGAAAGUCAGCAGGAGGAGGAGCAAAGACAAGAAGUCCUCAAAGCCCAGGAUAAGAACUUCAGUAAGCAGAGGGCCACGGAAGAAGCGAGGGAAGCGCCAGAUAAAGGCGAAGAGAGUCUUGUCCAAGAAGAUUGUGCCUAAGGAUGAGGACGAAGACAUCGAGAGCCCCCAGGAGGAAGAGGAGAAGGGGAAAGAUGAAAAGAAGAAAGAUUCACCCCCAGCUAAGAAAGCAGAGGAGAGCGGCGGAGAGGCUGAGGACAACAACAACGGCGAGGAGAAGGAGAGUAAGGAGAGCGAGAAAGAGAAAGAUGAAAAGGACGAUGUAUCCGAGGAGGAUGCUCCAUCAGGUGAAGACUGAGCUUCUUCUACCUGAUUGGGGAAAAUGUUUUACCUGUUUUUUGUGGAACAGUGGAAUGUAUAUUCCACCGUGCUCCGGGUGUUUUGGAUGUUUGUUGAUUUCUUUCAUCUUGUAAAUACAAUAUUUCAGAAGAACUUUCUGUGAAGUAUCAUCCACACUAUUCUAAAACAGUAUCAUUUAAUUCAAGUACCCCUGUCGCCUUCUCCACCUCUUUUCAUAUAGUUACCUAUAUUAAUAUUGCUCAUUGUCUCAACUCUAGCAUUUGUAGAUCUUUUUGCUAGGUCAUCUUUAUUAGAUUUCUUCUACUAUCUACAAAACGAGGGGGGAACAAAUCAAAUGACUAUCAAGACUAUAUUUUGGUCAAAGCUGAAAUUUAUAUUUACAGUAAUUUUGUUGAAGAUCCAACACCUCCGUUAAGAGAUUGCAACGCAGAAUCUUCACCAUUUAAAUAUUAGGAGGAUUAUUAGUAUUUAUAUCUGUCCUUCUAGGAACACUGCUAUUUCCAGCUGUGUUCUGAAACAAACUAUAAUGACAAGACAUGGUGAAUUACUGCCAUACGAUAAGCGGUUAUUAUAGCUCAUCCCUGUAUAAUAAAGCUUCUGAUCUAUCUGUAAAACACUUUGAUCUUGAUCAUAUCUGUGCUGUAAGGACAGUGAACAGAUUUGUGACUCAUUUUUCUGACUCAGUGAAUGUGUGCUUAAGAUUUAUUGUCCUUGAGCUGCUCAGUGGACUCAUUUCAUUUGCCCAGUUCCAGUGAUACAAGUGUAUGUAAAGUUCCCAAGCCAUUAGCCUUAGUUUUUCCACUUUAUCUGACAUUAAUUGUUAGUCCAGGGUUUUUUCAACGGAAGGCUAGAUUCACUUUUUGCUCCGAACACAUGUCCAAAGGUUUCAGAUUAUUGUCCUGCAGUGUAAACACUGCAUCUGUGCAGUUCCCAAUUAGAUCACACCACCACAAACCAGUCGAGUUGAGUAAACUCGGCACCAGAUUACAGAUUCCGAAUAGUAGCAAAAAGAUGAAGCGCUGGAAACAAGUGGAAAAAUCUGGAUCACCGUGAACAGUUUUCUUAACAGUUUGGAUAGUGUUAUUAUACAUGACUACAUGUACGACAUACGUGCUUUUAUUCUUUUUUAACGGUUUUUGAUUUGAGCAUUUCUGCAGCUUCAACGUGGCCUACGAUUGCAUUUUGUUAUGGCAGUGAUAAAUCUCUUCGUCAUGGGAUGGUAUAUUCUUACUUGUGUGUGUCGCGUGUUCUGUUUAGACGGUAUGACAGAAAAAGGUAGCGUGUGAACUGAUGUGGGUGUUUUGAAGUGUUGUUAGCCUUUCUCAGAAGGUCUGAGGUCUGAAGCCAGCUAGUGAAAACCUUAUUAUUGACUUUGUGAUGCUUCAUAUGUGUAUUUUUUAAGUAUUUUGAUGCUUCUAGAUGCCUUUCAAUUAAACUGUCUGUUGAGCCAGCUGAGUGCUCAAACAGAACGUAAUUCAGUGCACACCAUCCAGAGCUUUCUCAGCAUCUUUUGUCUAUAUUUACAUGGCUCCUAUCUUUGUCCUAAUAUGUAGCCUUUCGAUCUAUAUCAUAAUUUAUCUAAAACAACUUUGUUUUAAUUAAGCUAUUCUGAUUUUUUGGAAUAUUUGUUUUACAAGGAAAAAAAUAAAAUGUAUCUUGCCUUUAAAGAA